AUGAGUGGAAAGAUCCAUCAUUACUACAGGAAGACUGAGCCUUCUCACUCUUUGCUUCCUUCCACAAAGGAGCAGCUAAAGGCUAUAGGUCUGACUAGUGAUGCAGACAAGAUCUCAACAGUCGAAACCGAAAGCUGUUUCAACGUUCAAAUCGCUUCUGAUCUGUCGGAAAUCCAGAAGGAGAGAUUGGAAUGGCUCUUGGCUGAAACUUUCGAGAAAGGCAAUCUGAAGGAAGAGAGCAGUGCUUUUGAUGUUGAGAAAGUCGAUGGCUCAUUUUGGCAGGUCGAGUUCGGACCCCGGAUGACGUUUACCUCGGCAUUUUCGUCAAAUGCAGUUAGUAUUUGCAAGUCCUGUGAUUUGCCCGUUGGUCGUCUUGAAUUGUCUAGAAGAUACCGAUUUGUGCUUACAUCAGCCUUGAGCGACGAAGCAGUAAAGGUUUUGAAGAGCAUGCUUCACGAUAGGAUGACAGAAGAAGAGUACACUACACGUUUGACGAGUUUUGACAACGGUGCCACAGCAUCUCCUGUCACAAUUAUUCCAAUCAUGGAACAAGGGCGACCGGCAUUGGAGAAAAUCAACGAAGAAAAGGGGCUUGGAUUUGACGAUUUCGAUUUGGACUAUUACACCAAGCUUUUCAAGGAAAAACUUGGAAGGGACCCUACCGAUGUUGAAUGUUUUGAUAUGGGUCAAUCUAACUCAGAGCACUCUCGUCACUGGUUCUUCGGAGGAAAAAUGGUCAUCGAUGGAGAAGAAAAAGAAGAAACCCUUUUCCAAAUGGUCAAAGCGACGCUUCCAAAGGGUGUGCCAAACAACUCAGUGAUCGCUUUCCACGAUAACUCCUCGUCGAUCAAGGGUUAUGAAUGCGAUGCUCUUCGUCCAAGUUCAGUCAUUGGACCUGGGCCUGUCAAGGUUGGCAAGCAAGAGUUGCAUCCCAUCUUAACUGCUGAGACACACAACUUUCCUUCUGGUGUGGCUCCAUUUCCAGGUGCUGAAACAGGAACUGGUGGACGUCUUCGCGAUGUCACAGCUACAGGAAGGGGGGCAUAUCCUGUCGCUGGAAUUUCUGCAUAUUGUGUUGGAAACCUGAAUAUUCCCGGUUAUGAACUUCCAUGGGAGGACAAGAGUUUUGUUUAUCCGGGCAACCUUGCGUUGCCACUUGAUAUUGAGCUCAAGGCUAGCGAUGGUGCAUCCGAUUACGGAAACAAAUUCGGUGAACCUGUUAUUCAUGGUUUCACACGAUCGUUUGGUCAGCGACUUCCAAACGGAGAGAGAUUUGAAUGGGUGAAGCCAAUUAUGUUCUCUGCCGGUGUUGGUCAAAUGGACGGACGAUUCAGUGAAAAGGGCGCACCUGAGAAGGGAAUGCUUGUAUUGAAAAUUGGAGGUCCUGCCUACAGAAUCGGAAUUGGUGGUGGUGCCGCUUCUUCACGCGUGCAGAGCUCUGAAAACGCUGAUCUUGAUUUCGAUGCUGUCCAAAGAGGAGACGCUGAAAUGGAGAAUCGAAUGAAUCGUUUGAUGAGAGCUUGUUGCGAUCUUGGUGACAAGAACCCUAUCGUGUCUGUCCAUGAUCAAGGUGCAGGAGGCAAUGGCAACGUUCUGAAGGAGCUCGUCGAGCCCGUUGGCGCAGUUUAUGACAUCCGAAAUGUGAAUGUUGGGGACGAUACUCUUUCUGUUCUCGAAAUGUGGGGCGCAGAAUUCCAAGAGAACAACGGACUCUUGAUCAAGGCCGAAGACAAGGAAUUGUUCAUAAGUUUGGCGAAGAGAGAGAACUGCCCAAUUUCUUUCAUGGGAACUGUUAGUGAUGAUGGUAAGGUCGUUGUUCAUGACUCAAAGGAUGGCUCAACACCGGUCGAUCUACCACUCGAAUUGGUGCUUGGAAAGAUGCCACAAAAGACUUUUGUCGACAACCGUACCAAGGCGAACCUGGAGCCUUUGAAUAUUCCGGAUGGAGUUACUGUGAAAGCGGCAGUUGAUCGGGUGUUGCGUCUGCUUUCAGUCGGAUCGAAACGAUUUUUGGUGCACAAGGUUGACAGAUCGGUUACUGGACUAUGCGCCCAGCAACAAUGCGUUGGUCCACUCCAACUCCCGCUUUCUAAUGUCGCUGUGGCAGCUCACACUCAUUUUGGAAUCACCGGUACUGCUGUUGCUUGCGGUGAGCAGCCAAUCAAAGGAUUGAUCAAUUCUGCAGCUAUGGCACGUAUGACUGUCGCCGAAUCUAUGACAAACAUUGUCUGGGCCAAGAUGUCAAAGAUUGAGGACAUCAAGGCAAGCGGGAACUGGAUGUAUGCAGCAAAGCUUCCAGGAGAAGGAGCCAAGAUGUGGGAUGCCUGUGUCGCCCUUCGUGACUGCCUCCUAGAACUUGGUGUUGGUAUUGAUGGUGGAAAAGACUCUCUUUCCAUGGCCGCUCGCUGUGGAGAAGAGGUGACAAAGGCGCCUGGAGAGUUGACAAUGACAUGCUACGUGACAUGUCCUGACAUCACCAAGACCGUGACUCCUGACCUCAAGUGCCCGGCCUCUGGCUCCAAGCUUCUCUUCAUCGACCUUGGUGGAGGCAAGGUCAGACUUGGUGGAUCGUCCUUGGCACAAGUUUUUAAUCAAAUUGGUGACGAAAGCCCUGAUGUGGAGAACAUGAGUGUUCUAAAGAAAGCCAUGGAAGUUACGCAAGAUCUUAUCGAUUCACGAACUAUUUUUGCUGGGCAUGAUCGUUCGGAUGGCGGACUUGUCGUAACUUUGAUGGAAAUGGCUUUUGCAGGAAACUGUUCUAUCAGUGUUGACAUUCCAUCUUCUGCAAGUGCUAUGGAAGUUUUAUUUAACGAAGAAGCCGGCAUGGUCAUUGAAAUUGCUGAUGCUGAUGUUGCUUCCGUUAUGGAGAAAUACAGUGCUGCCAGUGUUCCAAUUGUUGAAAUUGGAAAGGUCUCUCCUGGCGACUGUAUCAAAAUCUCGGUUGGAUCUGCAGCUCCCUGUAUCGACGAGAAGAUGACUGUCCUGCGCGAUGUUUGGGAAGCAACAAGUUUCCAACUUGAAAAGAGACAGAGAAAUCCAAAAUGUGUUGCCCAGGAAGAGGAGGGCUUGAAGAGCCGGAAAAGCCCACAAUGGAAGCUCACGUACGAGCCAGCCCCUACAGACGCUGCCACAAUGGAAUCUGACAAGAAGCAUAAGGUUGCCGUCCUUCGUCAAGAAGGUAGCAACGGUGACAGGGAAAUGAUCUCUGCUUUCAUUUCUGCUGGAUUCGAUGUCUGGGAUGUUACAGUCAGCGAUCUCUUGUCGGGUGCCGCCACGCUAGAUCAAUUCCGUGGCAUCGUUUUCGUCGGAGGAUUCUCGUUCGCUGACGUUUUGGACAGUGGAAAGGGUUGGGCUGGUGUCAUCAAGUUCAACAACAGUGUGUACCAACAAUUCCAAGCAUUCCGUCAACGAUCGGACACCUUCAGUUUGGGUGUGUGCAACGGGUGCCAAUUGAUGGCAUUGCUUGGAUGGAUUCCAUCCACUGCUGGUCUUCCAGAAGACAAACAACCACGUCUCUUGCACAACGAUAGUGGCAAGUUUGAAAGUCGUUUCAGCAGUGUCAAGAUUGAAGGCAGCCCUGCUGUGAUGUUCAAGGGAAUGGAAGGUUCAUCACUUGGUGUUUGGGUCGCCCACGGCGAGGGACGUUUCUACUUUCCUGACAAGUCCAUUCAUGACAUGGUGGAGCAGGACAACUUGGUCCCAGUUCGAUACGUCAAUGAUGAUAACGAAGCUACUGAGGCAUACCCAUUCAACCCCAAUGGAAGUCCUGGUGGCAUUGCUGCAUUGUGUUCUGAUGAUGGCCGACACUUGGCAAUGAUGCCCCACCCCGAGCGCGUGUUCACAACGUGGCAAUGGCCAUGGACGCCAUCAGCAUGGGAUGGCUUGAAGGCAGGUCCCUGGCUUCAAAUGUUCCAGAAUGCCAGAAAAUUCUGUGACGGAAACUAA